UGAUAAAAGAAAGGUUAGAGCCCUAAAACCCCUUUAAAACCCUUUUCAUAUCUGGGACUGGGAGUUUAAAUUUUCAUUGCAUCGAAUUCUUGCAACAAAAUUCCUGUUAUCAAAGGUUAUUGUCAUUUUCUGGAAAAAAAGGGGGAUUUUUCUAACUUAUAAGGGUCAUUCUGGUGGUUUAUUGAGUUGAAAAAUGCCUGAUAUUGAGGGACUUGUGAAUGAUUUUGUUGCAAACCUCAGCAAACGUAAGGUUGAAGGGUCACAAGCAACAUCGCGGCUAACAGCAGAGUUGCUUCGUUCUGUAGUUUCGUUGCAAAGAUUGCCACCUACUAACCCAGCUGCAGUGCUCAUUGAGGCUGUGAGGGGUAUAGGUGUUAAAUUGGUUGCUGCCAACCCCGUUGAGCUUGCUGUUGGAAACAUUGUGAGGCGUGUUCUUCAUAUUAUCCGGGAGGAGGAUCUCUCUCUUUUGACAAGUAAAACGUGCGACUUAGAUUUAUCAGCUGCAAGUGAUGAUGAAAGAACCAUAGACCAGGAUUAUGACCCAAGUCAGUCUGCUGCUGCUGCUGCUGCUGCAGCUAAAAGUUUUCUACGACCUCCUUCAUUGCAUGCACUUCUGGAGAAUAUGCCAGAUAAAUCUGUACCGAGUAACAUAUACACCUCCUCUUCAGGUGGAGAUUCUGAAGAGAAAAGCAAAGCUGAUAAACUUGCCAGGACUCGGAAGUUAAAGCAUGAUGUUAUUGAGGCAAUUAACAUGUUAAUUGAAGAUAUUGAUACUUGUCAUGAGCUGAUCGCAGAACAGGCAGUUGAGCAUAUUCACCAAAAUGAAGUAAUACUAACACUAGGUAGUUCGAGAACUGCCUUUGAAUUCCUCUGUGCUGCAAAAGAGAAAAAACGGUCUUUUCGGGUGGUUGUUGCAGAGGGCGCACCGAGGUACCAGGGUCAUGCUCUUGCAAAAGAGUUGGUAUCAAGAGGUCUACAAACUAUAGUUGUCACAGAUUCUGCAGUUUUUGCAAUGAUUUCUAGAGUAAAUAUGGUUAUAGUGGGAGUUCAUGCAGUGAUGGCCAAUGGUGGUGUCAUUGCACCUGUUGGAAUGAACAUGGUUGCACUUGCAGCUCAAAAGCAUGCUGUUCCAUUUGUCGUAGUUGCUGGCAUUCACAAGUUGUGCCCUUCAUAUCCACACAAUCCAGAGGUUUGUCUGAAUGACAUGCGAUCCCCUGCUGAACUUCUUGAAUUCGGGCGAUUUUCAAAUUGCAUGGAAUUUGGAAUGGAUAGUGGGGCUCCGCUUCAAGUUGUUAACCCUGGUUUUGAUUAUGUGGCACCUGAGCUUGUCAGCCUCCUCAUCACAGACAUAAAGUAUCUUGAAGUUCCUCUUACUGAGUUUAAGCAAUCCAUGCUGAUUUCACAUAUCUUUUGGAAGGCUGUAGGCGACUGACACAGAGAAGUGGCAACCAAAACAAUCAAAUGGAAAUUAUUAAGCUUUUGCUAUGUGUUUGUUAUUUACUUUGAAGGAUAGCUCUAAAUGAGCUUUUUAGCACAAACACUUUCUGAACAUAUUGUACUUUGUUCAGACUAAGUUUUGACUUGUUUAAUGUAAUGUGUCAAAGGUGGUAGUAUUAAUUUGUUUCGUUCUUGUUAUAGGUGAAUGUUUAGAUGAACUAUACCCUCUUGAAUUACAUCAAUCGUUGUAUGUAUUUGUCUCUUGAAUGUAAAGCUUAAACGAGUAUCCCACACCCAAAAAGGUGCCUCAUAUAGGUUUUUCCUGAAACACUCCGGUAACUUAGAUAAUGUUGAGAAAACACUCUCUAUUUAACUUGAACGCUCCCAAAGAGAAUAGAGCCAUCAUUAUAGGGAAGUUAAAGACCAUCUAAUGCAAAGGAACCUUUCAUUCCUUUUUUGUUGUGCACAACUCUCCUUCACAAGCUCCCUGCUUAGGGGACAAAAAAAUACCUUUCAUUUUCCACCCUUAGUCCACGAGUAAGUGCAGAUUAUCUGGACUUCAGAAGCAGUGUCACUUUCACAGGGCU